UUCACACGUCUACACGUCCGACACUCGUCAUGUCACAUGAAGCACUACCCAUCGACCGCGUCAGGUUCGCCGAAGCGCUAGAAUCACUCCCUAUCGAUGCUCUACACUCCAAGGUCGCCGAGCUGCGCAACAACAUGGAUCAUCUCAGAUUCUCGAAUGAACAAAUGGUGCCUUUCGCCGAUGAGGGCGAUCAAGAUUGCAAAGACGCCAUGUACGAGAACCUCAUCGUCAUCAACCGCAUGAACGAGCGCAUCGAAAUGAUCCGAGCCGAAGUCGAAAAGAGAGGAAUGAGAUGGUCAGAGGCAGAAGUCGAGGAUCGUCAGACCAGCGAAGCAAUGGUCAACGGCUAUACCACUACCAACACAAGUCAAACACAAUCAUCACAGGCUCAAAGUGGUCGCUUGACCGACGAACAAUUGAGAGCACAGUUGGAGGCCAGGCUGGCUCAGGAUACACAGCAUGACCAGGAAGAAGAGGGUCUCCAUCUCUGA